AUGGCGGCGGCUAUCGCCAGCUCGCAUCGGCAGAAAAGACAAACCCGCGAGCGUGAGAAAUCCAACGCCUGCAAGUGUGUCAGCAGCCCCAGUAAAGGCAAGACAAAAACAAGUGUCUUUUCCCGGGUCAAACUCUUCGGCUCCAAGAAACGGCGCAGGAGAAGACCAGAGUCUCAGCUGAAGGGUAUAGUUACCAGACUCUACAGCCGACAAGGCUACCACUUGCAGCUGCAGGCAGAUGGAACUAUUGAUGGCACCAAAGACAAGGACACCACUUACAGUCUGUUUAACCUCAUCCCUGUAGGUCUUCAAGUGGUGGCUAUUCAAGGUGUUCAAACCAAGCUGUAUUUGGCGAUGAACAGUGAGGGAUGUUUGUACACCUCGGAACAUUUCACACCUGAGUGCAAAUUCAAAGAAUCAUUGUUUGAGAAUUAUUAUGUGACAUAUUCGUCAAUGAUAUACCGGCAGCAGCAGUCGGGCUGAGGAUGGUAUCUGGGGCUGAACAAAGAAGGCGAGAUUAUGAAAGGCAACCACGUGAAGAACAAGCCAGCAGCCCACUUCCUGCCCAAACCACUGAAAGUGGCCAUGUACAAGGAGCCGUCACUGCACGAUCUCACGGAGUUCUCCAGAUCUGGAAGUGGGACCCCAACCAAGAGCAGAAGCGUCUCCAGCGUGCUGAAUGGGGGCAAAUCCAUGAGCCACAAUGAAUCAACGUAGCCAGUGAGGGCAAGACAAGGGCUCUGUAACAGAACCUUACCUCCAGAUUUGAAGUAUCACGGUCACCAUCUCAUGCUGUACUUUGUGCGUAGAAAUUGAGUUGUAUUGUCAACCCCAGUCAGUAAAGAUAACUUAAAAAAAAGAUUAUCCUCAAGUGUAGAUUUCUCUUAAUUCCAUUGUGUAUCAUGUUUAACUGUCGUCGUGACUUCUUGUGUAAAGACAGGAGCUGUGGAACCGUGAUGUUGUCUUUUGUGUUGUUCACUAAGGAAUGUCUUAUCUGUAUAUGUAUGAGUCCUCCUGUCAUUCUAUUUGGCACGUGAAUAUUGUGUACAAGGAAAUGUUAAGACUGGUUACCCCUAAACAACAUAUACUUAUACCUGCUACUGGAAAAGUGUUUAAGACUUAGCUAGGUUUCCAUUUAGAUCUUCAUAUCUGUUGCAUGCAAGAAAGUUGGAAUUUUGGCAUAGAAUUGCAUGAUAUGUAAGAUUUUGUGCAUUAAUAGUUGUUAAAAUCUGUGUUCCAAAAGUGGACAUAGCACGUACAGGCAGCUUUCUGUCCUGUGCACAAAAAGUAAAAAAAAAAAAAAGUUGUUUAAUAUUUGUUGUUGUAUACCCAAAUAUGCACCGAAUAAACUCUUUAUAUUCAUUCAAAUAAAAAUCCUUCAGCAUGUA